AUGCUUUCUUCUUUGCAUAUAUUUUUUUCAUUCUUUUCUCCUUUUUACUUCUUCAUUUUCCUCUUCUUCAUCUCCACACCGUGGAUUCUCUUUCAACUAUUUUAUUCGAUUUUGUCCUUUUCAUCUUUUUUCAAGAUUUUUUCCCCUCCUCUUUUUCUGCUUCAUUGUCUUCUUUUACUGACUUGUCUUCUUUUUCUUCAUCUUUUUUCUUUCAUUUCCUUUUUUAUUUGUGCUCUUCUUUCCCUUCCUUCUUUCUUUGAUCUUCACUUUAUUUUUCCAUCUUUCUUUUCCACGUCAUCCUUUCUUUCUUUAUUUCUUUCCUCCUUUCUUUCUUCCUUCCUUUCUUUCUUUCUUUCUUUCUUUCUUUCUUUCUUUCUUUCUUUACUUAUUCUUUUCUUCUUUGCACUUUUUCUCUUUCUUUUCUGUCUUCUUUUUCUCAUUUCUCUUUUCUUUUUCUUUACCUUUUUCUUCUUAUUUUUCUUCUUUCCCUUAAUUUAUUUUUUCUUUUCUUUUAGUCAAAUUUCUUCUUUCUUACCCUACACUUCUUCCAUGUCUUCUUUUCAGAUUCCUUCUUUCUUAUCCUCUCCUUCCUCUGCCUUUUCUUUCUUCUUUUCUGAUUUCUACUUUCUUACCCUCUCCUUCCUUCACCUUUUCUUUCUUUUCUUUUCUGAUUUCUUUCAUCAUUCUUUCUUCUCUUCCUUCUUUCACCUUUUCUUUCUCCACCUUUUCUUUCUUCUCUUUUUUCUUCUUUCUUACCCUCUCCUUCUUUCAUCAUUCUUUCUUCUCUUCAGUUUUCUUCUUUCUUACAUUUUAUUAUUUGUCCCCCUUUCUCACAAAUCACCUUGCUCUCCCAUAUUCACCACUGGUUAUACAUUUCUUUUUUCUUAUCCCCUCCUUCUUUCAUCAACAUUUUUUUCUUCUUUUCAGAUUCCUUCUUUCUCACCCUCUCCUUCUUCCAUGCGUUCUUUCUUCUUUUCAGAUUCCUUCUUUCUUUUCCUCUCCUUCCUCUGCCUUUCCUUUCUUCUUUUCAGCUUUUUUACCCUCUCCUUCUUUUUCUGCCUUUUCUUUGUUCUCUUCAGAUUUCUUCUUUCUUACCCUCUCCUUCUUUCAUCAACUUUUCUUUCUUCUUUUCAGAUUUCUUCUUUCUUAUCCUCUCCUUCUUCAACCUUUUCUUUCUUUUUUUUCAGAUUUCUUCUUUCUUAUCCUCUCCUUCUUCCACCUUUUCUUUCUUUUUUUCAGCUUUCUUCUUUCUUACUCUCUCCUUUCUCCACCUUUUCUUUCUUCUUUUCUGCUUUCUUACCCUCUCCUAAUGAUUAA